UUUUCUGUGCUUCAGUGGAGGUCGAACCAUCAUCUUCACUGAGACGAAGGAUUCUGCAUCAGAGCUUUCUGGUUUGAUUCCUGGAUCCCGUGCCUUGCAUGGAGAUGUAGCGCAAGCGCAGCGUGAAGUAAUUCUUGCUGGAUUCCGUAGCGGGAAGUUCCAAGUUUUGGUUGUGACAAAUGUGGCGGCUCGUGGUCUGGAUAUUAAUGAUGUGCAGCUUAUCAUUCAGUGUGAACCUCCCCGGGAUGUUGAAGCUUACAUACACCGGUCAGGUCGGACAUGGAGAGCAGGUAAUACUGGUGUUGCUGUCAUGCUUUAUGAGCCCAGAUAUAAGCACAGUGUCAGCAGACUAGAAAGGGAGUCUGGGGUUAAAUUUGAGCAUAUCUCUACGCCACAACCCACUGAUGUAGCACAAUCUGCUGGCAGUGAAGCUGCAGAUGCCACUGCGAGUGUGUCAGACAGUGUUAUUCCUAUCUUCAGGCAGCAAGCAGAGCAGUUGCUAAGCUCUUCCAGUCUGUCUGCAGCUGACUUGCUUGCCAAAGCACUUGCGAAGGCAGUUGGUUACACGGACAUAAAGAAAAGAUCAUUGUUAUCUUCCUUGGAGGAUUACAGUACACUACAUCUUCAAACUGGCAGACCGAUGUGGUCACCUGGUUUGACGUCGGCAACGUGGUCAUGGUGACCGGCGGGAGGAACACCGGGCGUGUAGGAGCGAUCAAGAACCGGGAGAAGCACAAGGGCAUCUUCGAGGUCAUUGACGUGCUGCUUGGAGUUUUUUGCAUGUUACGUCUAGUUUUCUCCUAUUUGUUGUACAGGAAAACAUAGAAUGGAAUUCAAAUUUGGUGGUCGCAAAAGUGUGGAGACUUGAAUUCA